AUGGGUAUGAUCGCCUUCGUUGCGUAUAUUGAGUUCUUCGCUGCCAACCCCCUCAUCAGAACCUCGGUAUUCAAGAACAUGUCGGCUGCCAUUCUUUCCGUCUCUACGGUCAUUUAUGGGAUCAUAAUGUGGGCUAUUCUUUACUGCAUGCCACUCUACUUCGAAGCUGUCAAAGGUUUCGGUCCGAUCCUUGCCGGAGUUGCCAUGUUUUCAUGGACAUUCACUGUAGCGCCAGCUUCAGUUGCAACAGGUAUCGCAAUCGCAGUAACGGGGAAAUAUCUAUGGGCAAACCGUGCCGGAUGGUUCCUCACCACACUCGGCAUGGGCCUCCUUAUAGUUCUCAAGCCGGAUACGUCCACAGUAUCUUGGAUCUUUCUCAAUCUGGUUGGCGGCGUUGGAACGGGCAUUCUAUGCACUGCCAUGGCUCUGGCCGUACAGGCUUCAGCGACCGCCAAAGACCAGGCCUAUGCCGCCAACAUGUUCUCCUUCUUCCGGGCUUCUGGCCAGACACUCGGUGUUGCCAUCGGUGGCGUCAUCUUUCAGAACCAGAUGAGAAAGAAAAUGCGUAUGUUCCCUCUACUUGCUGACCUGGCAGCCGAGUACUCUCACAAUGCAGCUGAACUGGUCGAAAUCAUCAAGGAGAUGCCGGCGGGGGAAAUGAGAGAGCAACUCAGGGAAAGUUACACAGACGCUCUCAAGUACAUCUGGAUCGUCAUGUUGGUGUUAAGUGCAGUGGCCUUGCUCGGCAGUUGGUUCAUCAAGGCUUACGAUUUGAAUGGUGCCAUGGACACGGAGAGGGGUUUCGUGGACAAGGACAAGGUUGGGGACGUUGAGAAAGAACAGCCUGUGAUGUAA